AUGCACCAUGGCAACAUGAAAUUCAAGCAGAAGCAAAGAGAAGAGCAGGCUGAGCCUGAUGGCACAGAAGUUGCUGAUAAAAUUGCCUACUUGAUGGGACUGAAUUCUGCUGAUUUGCUGAAGGCUCUCUGCUACCCCAGGGUCAAAGUCGGCAAUGAGUUUGUCACUAAAGGACAAACCGUCCAACAGGUAAACAAUGCCGUUGGUGCCCUCAGCAAGUCUGUUUAUGAGAAACUCUUCUUGUGGAUGGUCAUCCGUAUUAACCAACAGCUGGAUACCAAAAUGCCAAGACAGUACUUUAUUGGUGUACUGGAUAUUGCUGGAUUUGAGAUCUUUGAUUUCAACAGCUUGGAGCAACUUUGCAUUAACUUCACCAAUGAGAAACUGCAACAGUUCUUUAACCACCAUAUGUUUGUCCUGGAACAAGAGGAGUACAAGAAGGAAGGAAUUGAUUGGGAGUUUAUUGACUUUGGUAUGGAUCUGGCUGCCUGUAUUGAGCUUAUUGAGAAGCCAAUGGGCAUCUUCUCAAUCCUGGAAGAGGAGUGCAUGUUCCCCAAGGCUACUGACACUUCCUUCAAGAACAAGCUCUAUGAUCAACAUCUGGGCAAGUGCAAGAACUUUGAGAAGCCCAAGCCUAGCAAAGGAAAAGCUGAAGCCCACUUCUCUCUGGUGCACUAUGCUGGCACUGUGGAUUACAACAUCAGCGGCUGGCUGGACAAGAACAAGGACCCACUGAAUGAGACUGUUGUUGGCCUCUACCAGAAGUCUUCAGUGAAGCUCCUUGCCUUACUUUAC